CUUCCAGAUGUACUACGACGACCUACCCAUCUGGGGAUUCAUCGGGAAGAUCGAGAAGAUCCUCAAGCCGGGCUCCCCGGAGAUGCGAUACUACCUCUUCACCCACGUGCACUUCGACAUCGCGUACAACGGCGACCGCGUCAUCGAGAUCAACGUCUCCACCGACCCGCUUCGAACGGUGGACAUCACCGACGAGCACAGCGUCGACGUCGAGUUUUCGUACUCAGUUAAGUGGAAGGAGACGCACAUCCCGUUCGAUCGCAGGAUGGAGAAGUACUCGAGGUACUCGUUCCUGCCGCAGCACCUGGAGAUCCACUGGUUCUCCAUCGUGAACUCGUGCGUCACCGUGCUUUUGCUCACCGGCUUCCUCGCCACGAUCCUGAUGCGCGUCCUCAAGAACGACUUUCUGAAGUACACCAGGGACGACGACGCCUCUCUCGAGGAGGCUGAGGAGACGGGCUGGAAGUACAUCCACGGCGACGUCUUCCGCUUCCCCCGACACGUCUCCCUCUUCUGCGCCGUCAUCGGCACGGGCACGCAGCUCUUCGCCAUGGUCCUCUUCGUCUUUGUCCUAGCGCUCGUUGGGGUGUUCUACCCGUAUAACCGCGGCGCGCUGCUCACCGCGUGCAUCGUGCUGUACGCGCUGACGGCGGGCAUCGCCGGGUACGUGGCGGCGAACAACUACAGGCUGAUGGGGGGACAAAACUGGGUUCGCAACGUGCUGCUCACCGGCUUCCUCUUCUGCGGGCCCAUGUUCAUCGUGUUUUCCUUUUUGAACACCGUGGCUAUCGCGUACAGGAGCACCGCCGCGUUGCCCUUCGGCACCAUCUGCGUCAUCAUCGUCAUAUGGGCGCUCGUCACGUUUCCGCUGACGGUGCUCGGCGGCAUCGCGGGGAAAAAUGCGAAGGGCGAGUUUAACGCGCCGUGCAGGACGACCAAGUACCCGCGCGAGAUCCCGCAGCUGCCGUGGUACAGGAGCACGAUUCCCCAGAUGGUCAUGGCGGGUUUCCUGCCCUUUUCCGCCAUUUACAUCGAGCUGUACUACAUAUUCGCGAGCGUUUGGGGGCACAAGGUGUACACGAUUUACAGCAUCCUGUUCAUCGUGUUCAUCAUCCUGGUCAUCGUGACCGCGUUCAUCACCAUCGCGCUGACCUACUUCCAGCUCGCGGUCGAGGACCACGAGUGGUGGUGGCGGGCGGUGCUGUGCGGAGGCAGCACGGGGUGCUUCAUCUACGGCUACUGCUUCUACUACUACUACGCCAGGAGCGACAUGAGCGGGUUCAUGCAGACGAGCUUCUUCUUCGGGUACAUGUGGACCAUCUGCUACGGGUUCUUCCUGAUGCUCGGGAACAUCGGGUUCAGGGCGUCGAAGCUGUUCGUGAUGCACAUCUACAAGGCGAUCAAGUGCGAGUAGGGUGGGCCCCGAUCUAGAGGGUGGAUAGCUGUAUUUUGGACGACGACGCGUGUUUUAGC